AUGCCAUCCCUUCCGAAGACUCAUGUGUUGUCCAGCACGACCUUCACCGCCCCACCUCUUCAGGACCAAACUCUCGCCCUGCCCGACCUAUACGAUUUUCACUUGGCUCGCAGUCCCAACCAUCCUUUAUUUGUAUAUGACGAUGCAGGAGUGCUCAGAACAAUCACUUGGAGAGAGGCCGUGCAUGCCAUGCAUCGUGCGGCUUACUUCGUGAACGAAGUCGUCAAGUCUGACGGAGAGACCCGCCCUGCCCCCGUCGUAGCAGUGCUCGCCAGUACCGAUACCGUCACCUACUUUUCUUUCGUUGUCGGGUGUUUAAGGGCUGGUUAUACCGUGUUCACUAUCUCUCCGCGAAACAGUGCACAAGCUGUGGCCCACCUUCUACAGAAGACCGGGGCGCGCUAUCUUUUCGUUAGCCCAGAGCCCGCGAUUACGGCGCUUCAUAAGGCAGCUUUAGAACAGAUACCUGCGUCUUACGCUAUCGGUACCGCGAAGAUGGCGACUUUUGGUGAUCUUUUCAAACCAGCCGGUUCUGCUAUGGACUUCGUGUUAUUUCCUGCUCGUUCGUAUGACAUGGACGGGCCUGCUUUGAUUCUGCACUCAUCCGGAUCUACUGCUUUUCCGAAACCAAUUAUCAGAAGCCAUCGUGGUCUCGUACAAUUGACCCACAUACCAUGGUACGGUGAGGUAGAUAUGUGUGGCAUGAGACUUGGGUGUCACGCCGUACCGAUGUUUCACGGAAUGGGUCUGCUCCAACUUGCUCUAGCGCCGUCGACUGGACUAGUUUUAGCCAUGUACAAGCCCUCGAUACCCGCAGUUGUACCGACCCCUGAGAACGCUUUCGCAGCAGCUAUGGCUACAAAUACCGAGCUAUUGGUUUGUGCGCCAAUGUUUCUCGAGGCGUGGUCUCGUACGCCGGAUAACAUCGAAGGCUUAAGGAAUUUGAGAGGCAUUAUGAUCGGAGGAGGUCCAUUGAACAAGGGUGUCGGUGAUUCUCUCGCCAGUCAGGGGGUGGCGAUCAUUAACGCAUACUCAUGCACUGAGUGUGGACAGAUGAGUAUGAUGAUCCCAGCAGCUCGUGCCGGAAUGGACUGGGAGUACUUUCCGUUUUCCCCUCACGUCCAACCGACCCUCUUGCCCCAGCAGGAUGAUCCAACUACGUUCGAGGUUGUUGUCAAGGCAAGUCUUGCUAUCCCUUUUCAUGAGCUAUUGCGACCCAUGACCAUUAACACACAAGUCGAUGGCAAUGACGCAUACGCUACAUCGGAUUUACUUCAGCAGCAUCCGACAAAGAAGCACCUGUACAAGAUAUACGGGAGGGUCGACGACCAAAUCAUGCUAUCCACUGGAGAGAAGACGAACCCUGGCCCACUCGAGACGAUUUUGUGUCAGGACCCUAAGGUUCAAGCCGCAGUGAUAUUCGGACGUGAGCGACCCUUCAACGGUGUCAUCCUUGCUCCCCGUCCCGAGUUCGUCUUCGACCCUCAAGAUGGCGAAGCACUUGCUGCGUUUAGAGAUUCUGUUUGGCCCACUAUAGAAAGGAUGAAUUCAUACGCGCCGACCCAUUCUCGACUGUUCAAAGAGACAAUCCUCGUCGAGUCCCCCUCCAAACCGUUCUUAUACACAGCAAAGUCCACUGUUCGCCGAGCUCUGGUUAUCUCCGAGUACAGUGCAGAAAUCGAGGAGAUGUACUCGUCUUUCACCGUCAGCACGGUACCGCUUCCAGACUCGUGGACUGACGAUACGGUGAAGACGUUCGUUGGGGAGACGGUCGCUCACGCUAUGGGACGCAAUAUGGAUCCCCAAGCCGAUCUCUUCCAGCAUGGUUGUGACAGUCUCAAGUCGACGUGGAUUCAGAACGCCAUAAAGAGCGCAGUGGCCAAAUCGACCACAUCCUCCCUCGCCAGCCGCAUUCCCAGUAGCUUGGUUUAUACCUACCCGACAGUCGCAGCUCUAGCCAACUAUACAUCGACGGUCAUCAAUACUGCUGACUUACCCGCCGGUCCUGACGAUGUUGCCGCCAAAGCCGCUGCAGCCCUCGAGACUCUGAAACGAUUCACACUCAACUUCCCUGCUAGGCCUACCGACCUUCGGGUUUCCCAGCCGUCUGGAGACGUAGUCAUGCUUAUUGGGAGUACGGGUGGACUCGGUUCAUGUCUUCUCUAUCAUCUCGCUACGUCCCCGAGGGUGGACCGGGUUUACGCUCUGAACCGCAAAUCCCCAGCAGGAGAAAGUCUUCUUGAGAGACAGAAACGGUCACUUCGGUGGGCUGAUGUGGAUAUCCUUGGAGGAGGGAAGGUCGUACUCCUGGAAGCCGAAGUCAGCGAGUCCGAAUUCUCAUUGAGUCCCAAAGUCUUUGGAGAGAUGCACUCAUCCGUCACCCAUAUUAUUCACAAUGCGUGGCGUGUCGACUUUAACUCUGCGCUUCUGUCCUUCGAGACCAAUAUCCGCAGUGUUCGCAACCUCGUAGAUUUUUCGCUUUCUUCGUCUCUUCAAGAUCCGCCUCGACUUCUGUUCAUCAGCUCUGUCGCCGUAUUCAACCGUCCCAAGAGUCGCGGCAUUUGUCUAGAGAAAUCCGUCGACGACGCUACCAUUCCCGUAGGUACAGGAUACGGAGAGGCGAAAUGGAUUGGAGAGCAGAUCUUGAUGAAGGCAGCGGCAGAGACAGAUUUGAAGCCCACCGUCGUCCGUCUCGGUCAAAUUGCGCACACCCCGGAUGUAUACUGGAACGAGCGCGAGUGGUUCCCGCUCAUCGUCAAGUCCGCACAGUCUAUCAAUUGUCUUCCCGACUUACCUGGAGCCGUUUCGUGGUUCUCAGCGUUCGGUGGUGCAAAGGCUAUCACAGAGAUGCUCUAUGGUGACCGACCUUUCUUACAUUUGGCGCACCCACGUCCUACGGCUUGGUCCACGAUCAUGAAAGAGUUCGCCAAGCACCUCAACGUCUCCGUCGUUCCAUACACCGAAUGGCUCUCUGCACUUGCUGCCGACCUGAAGAAGAGCCCGAACGGAAUCUCUCAGAUCGAGCACAUGAGACGUAAUCCGGCCCUCAAGCUUCUCGAGUUUUACUCUGACGCGGACCUCGAUGAGGAUAGGGAGCCUCUAGGGAUUGUGAGGUUGGGGAUUGAUGAGGCCUUACAGGUAUCCAAGACGUUAGCUGAGAUGAAACCUUUGGAUGGAGAUUGUGUGUCGGGAUGGUUGUCGGCGUGGAACAAGAGCGGUUUCAUCGUUCUUUGA